AUGUCUUCAGUUCCUCCAGUUUAUAUUGUCUCCGCUGUGAGAACACCCAUUGGUUCAUUCUUGGGUUCCCUCUCUAGCAAGAGUGCUACUGAACUAGGUGGUAUCGCCAUCAAGGCGGCCGUUGAGCGUGUACCAGAAAUCAAGCCUGAAGAUGUUGAGGAGAUCUUCUUCGGCAAUGUUUUAUCCGCAAAUUUGGGACAAAACCCUGCUCGUCAAUGUGCCAUUGCUGGAGGACUCACUGAAGGCGUAAUCUGUACUACCGUUAACAAAGUUUGUGCUUCUGGAACCAAGGCCAUCAUUCUCGCUGCUCAAACAAUCAUCACUGGCAACGCCGAUAUUGUUGUAGCCGGUGGUACUGAGUCUAUGUCUAACGUUCCUCACUACCUCUCAACUCUCCGAAAUGGUGCCAAGUAUGGCGACCAAACUUUGGUAGAUGGUGUUCUCAAGGAUGGCCUCACUGAUGCCUACAACAAAAAGGAGCAUAUGGGAAUGGCUGCUGAAGAGUGCCACGUCGAUCACGACAUCAGUAGAGAGCAACAAGAUGAGUAUGCUAUCAAGUCAUACCAAAAGGCCCAAAAGGCAACCGAAGCUGGUCUCUUCAAGACCGAGAUCGUUCCAGUUGAAGUCAGUGGUGGCCGUGGAAAGCCAAAUGUCAAGGUCGAGAGAGAUGAUGAGGUUAAGAACUUGAACAUUGAGAAACUAAAGGCUAUGAGACCAGCUUUCUUGCCAAAUGGAGGAACCGUCACCGCACCAAAUGCUGCACCCCUUAACGAUGGUGCUUCAGCUCUUGUUCUAGUCUCGGAAGCUAAGUUGAAGGAACUCGGUCUUAAGCCUUUGGCAAAAAUUCUUGGUUGGGGUGAUGCAGAAAAGGCACCAAGCAAAUUCACCACCGCGCCAUCAUUGGCCAUCCCUAAGGCUUUGAAACACGCCAAGAUCGAUGCUUCAGCUGUUGAUUAUUACGAGAUCAACGAGGCUUUCUCGGUUGUCGCUUUGGCGAACAUGAAGAUCCUCGGAUUGGACGAAUCCAAGGUCAACAUCAACGGAGGUGCUGUCGCUAUCGGACAUCCUCUUGGUUGUUCCGGAGCUAGAAUCGUCACCACGUUGGUCAAUGUGCUGAGAGAGCAAAAGGCAAAGAUUGGUGUUGCCGGUAUUUGCAACGGCGGUGGUGGAGCAUCUGCUCUUGUUAUUGAAUCUUUACAGGAUCAGCGCAUCCCCGCGCUCAUUCGCAAUGGCAUCCAAGAGAAGAAACGAAGCUUCAUUGUCGUUGUUGGAGAUAGAACGAAGGAUGUCAUUGUACAUCUACACUAUAUUAUGUCCAGUAUGGACAUGAAACAGAACAAAUCAGUCAUGUGGGCAUAUAAAAACAAGCUUCUAGGAUUCACGAGUCAUCGAAAGAAGAGAGAAACUAAAAUUAAAAAGGAAAUCAAACGUGGAAUUAGAGAAGCAAAUACUGAGGAUCCUUUCGAACUUUUCGUGUCGCUGCACAACAUUCGAUAUGUUUACUACAAGGAAACCGAGAAAAUCUUGGGAAACACUUUUGGAAUGUGUAUUUUGCAGGAUUUUGAAGCCAUCACACCGAACCUUUUAGCCAGAACUAUUGAAACAGUUGAGGGUGGAGGGCUUGUGGUUUUAUUACUGAAAGGCAUGAACAGUUUGAAGCAAUUAUACACAUUGUCCAUGGAUAUUCAUUCUCGAUAUCGAACCGAAGCGCAUGACGAUGUUACUGCUAGAUUCAACGAGCGAUUCAUUUUGUCCCUUGGAAAAUGCGAGUCCUGUUUAGUGAUCGACGACGAGCUGAAUGUUCUUCCUAUAUCCGGUGGAAAGAACGUGAAGGCUUUACCUCCGCCGGAUUUGGACGAGCCAAAAAGCGAAUCACAGAUAGAAUUGGAUAGCAUGAAAGAAGCCCUACAAGACACACAACCAGUUGGAUCUCUUGUCACUUUGGCAAAGACCGUGGACCAAGCCAAAGCUCUUCUCACUUUCGUAGACGCCAUCGCCGAAAAAACCUUGAGGAACACUGUCACAUUGACUGCUGGAAGAGGACGUGGAAAGUCUGCAGCGCUUGGUGUGGCUGUGGCAGCAGCCGUCGCGCAUGGAUAUAGUAACAUUUUUAUCACAUCCCCAAGUCCAGAGAAUUUGAAAACCCUGUUUGAAUUUAUCUUUAAGGGUUUCGAUGCUCUUAACUACAUGGAUCACGUCGACUACUCAAUCAUACAGUCUACAAACCCGGAUUUUAACAAAGCAAUUGUUCGAGUAAACAUUCAUCGUCAACAUCGUCAAACCAUCCAAUACAUCAGACCACAGGAUGCGCAUGUUCUUGGUCAAGCCGAAUUAUUGGUUAUCGAUGAAGCCGCUGCAAUACCGCUGCCACUUGUCAAGAAGCUUAUGGGUCCUUAUUUAGUAUUCAUGGCAUCCACCAUUAAUGGAUACGAAGGUACUGGAAGAUCUCUAUCUUUGAAAUUGAUCAAACAACUUCGAGAACAAUCUAGAGGAACAACCAAUGGAACAGAAGAUGUUGAGGUAGCUGAUCGAUCAAGCGGCAAGGCUGCUGCUAAAGGUGCCGACAACAGCUUCUCAGGAGGUCGUUCGCUAAGAGAGAUUACCUUGUCUGAACCUAUUCGUUAUGCACAAGGUGACGCUGUUGAGAAAUGGCUCAAUCAAUUGCUCUGCCUUGACGCCACCUUACCUCGCUCGAGAUUAAACACUCUUCAAGGAUGCCCAGAUCCUUCACAAUGUCAACUGCUCAAUGUCAAUCGCGAUACCCUCUUUUCUUUCCAUGAUGUUUCCGAAAAGUUUUUGCAGCAAAUGAUUGCUCUUUAUGUCGCAAGUCAUUACAAAAAUACCCCAGAUGACCUGCAAUUGAUGAGUGAUGCUCCAGCUCAUCAAUUGUUUGUCCUUGUUCCACCUAUUGAAGAGAACAGUAAACACUUACCAGAACCUCUCUGCGUAAUUCAAGUGGCUCUCGAAGGAAAAAUUAGCAAACAAAGUGUCAUGAACAGCCUGAGUAGAGGUCAGCGAGCAGCUGGUGAUCUCAUUCCUUGGUUGGUCAGUCAACAAUUUCAAGACGAUGACUUCGCUGGUCUCUCUGGAGCACGAGUAGUCAGAAUAGCAACAAAUCCUGAUUACAUCAAGAUGGGCUAUGGAAGCAAAGCGCUCGAGCUCCUUACUGCUUUCUCCGAAGGGAAGUUUACCAACCUCUCGGAAGUUACGAAUGACUACGUAGAAGAGACAAUCACUCGUGUCACAGACGAGGAGUUGACAAGUUCAUCUCUUCUUGAGGAUAACAUCAAGGUUAGAGACAUCAGAAAGAUGCCACCCCUUUUCUCAAAAUUGUCCGAAAAGCGACCCGACAACCUAGAUUAUAUUGGUGUGAGUUACGGCCUUACUCAACCUCUGCACAGAUUCUGGAAAAGGGCUUCGUUUGUACCUCUCUAUCUUCGUCAAACACCAAACGAAUUGACAGGAGAGCACACUUGUGUCAUGGUUCGCACCUUGGAGAAUAGUGAAGAUAGAGAAUGGGAGUCUGCGUUCUCUAGAGAUUUCCAUCGCAGAUUCUUAUCCCUUCUUUCAUACCAAUUCCGCGAAUUCCCUUCAGUUUUGGCCUUGAGCAUUGACGAAUCAGCAAACGCUGGUUCAAAAUCCGACCCAGAAGCCGCCCCCAAGCCACUUUCAAAAGAAGAAUUAGACAAACUUAUGUCACCUUUCGAUCUUAAACGCUUGGAAUCAUAUGCAAAUAACAUGCUUGAUUAUCACGUCAUUUUGGAUCUCAUUCCAACACUUGCAAACUUGUAUUUCACUGGUCGCUUGAAGUCCAACAUUAAACUCACUGGUAUUCAAUCAUCGAUACUACUUGCCGUUGGCUUGCAGAGAAAGGAUCUGACCGCCAUUGAGUCCGAAUUGUCUCUUCCAUCAUCUCAACUCUUGGCCAUGUUCAUCAAAAUCAUGCGUAAGAUGAGCUCACAUUUUGGUGACUUGGUCUCUGGUGCCAUUGAGGCUGAGAUGCCAGGUCGGGAAAAUAUCGGUGUCAGUAGAGAAGAUGCAAAUGAAGCUUUGGACGACGAGGUUGUAGAUGAUAGAUUCGUACCUCUAGAACAGGGACUCGAAGAAGAAUUGGAGGAAGGUGGAGAUGAAGCUAUGAAAGCUUUGAAGGAGAAGCAAAGGGAGCUUAUUGAUGCUCUCCCUUUAGAUCAAUAUGAAAUCGAAGCAGGAGCACCAGGGUGGGCAGAAGCCGAGAAGCAAGUCAAAAAUGCUGCUAAAUCCGGAAAGAAGGAUAUAGUGGUUGGUGUAAAGAGUGCGAAAUCCAAGAGAAAGGCAGGAGAAUCGGCUGCAGAAAUCUAUGAGCAGGAGAUGGGUGAAAAGGCGCAUAAAAAGGCGAAGAAGGUGGUAAAAAGGGUCAUUAGUUUUCUCGUUUUCAAGUUGUAUUAA